GGAGGUUUUAAUAAGUCAAUUUAAUUAUUUCUUCACUCUAUAAAAUCCCUCCUUUUCCAAUAACAUUCCACACCAAAAACACAAGAAACAUCUUGAGAAACUAAAGAAUCUAAAAGAAGGCAAAGAAGAAGAAUUGAUAUUGAGAGAUGGAGCACAGAAAGUCAUACGUGCUUGUAGCUCUCUUCGCAUUGCUUCUCUUGACCGAUAUUGUCAUUGCUGCGAGCGAUGGCGGCAAAGACAACGGUAAUAACGGCCAGGGACAACUAGAGAAGGCUAAAGGAGAAGAUGCUGGCAAAGGCAAAGGCAACGGUAACGGUCCAAAGGACAAGGAGAAAGAGAAGAAGGACAAGAAGGAGAAAGACGAGAAGGAGAAGAAGGCCAAGAAGGAGAAGGAAAAGAAAGAGAAAGAGGAGAGGGAAAAGAAGGACAAGGAAAUGAAGGAGAAGGAGAAGAAGGAAAAAGAGAGGAAGGAGAAGGAGAAGAGGGACAAGGAGCAGAGUGAAGCAGCUGCUAGAUACAGGGUGCUUUCACCAUUGCCUACAGGACAAGAGCAAGCCAUGUGCCAGGCUAAGGGUGCAUGUUAUUACAAAACUCUUGUUUGUCCCGGUGAAUGUCCCAAGAGGAAGCCCACCAAGAACAGAAACACCAAAGGUUGCUUCAUUGACUGCACUAGCAAAUGCGAAGCUACAUGCAAAUGGAGAAAAACGAACUGCAACGGCUACGGUUCUCUAUGCUACGACCCUAGAUUUGUUGGAGGGGACGGUAGGAUGUUCUAUUUCCACGGAUCUAAAGGAGGAAACUUUGCGAUCGUUUCAGACAACAAUCUCCAGAUCAACGCUCACUUCAUCGGUACAAGACCCGCUGGAAGAACCAGAGACUUUACAUGGGUUCAAGCCCUAAAUGUCAUGUUCGAAACUCACAACCUCGUGAUCACAGCCAAUAGAGUGACACAAUGGGAUGAAAACUCUGACGCAUUUACCCUUAGAUACAACGAAGAAUUCAUCACACUACCUGAAGACGAACAAACCGAGUGGAGGGCAACUUCGGGAAAAAGAGAGAUUGUCAUCGAAAGAACCGACGAGAGAAACAGCGUGAGAGUACUUGUCUCUGGUCUUGUUCAGAUGGACAUCAGAGUAAGACCUAUAGGGAAAGAAGAGAACAGAGUUCACAACUAUCAGUUGCCUCAAGAUGACGCUUUUGCCCAUCUUGAGACUCAGUUCAAGUUCUUAGACCUAAGUGAGCUCGUGGAGGGCGUUUUGGGGAAAACCUACCGUCCUGAUUACGUUAGCUCCGCCAAGGUUGGAGUUCCAAUGCCUGUGGUGGGAGGAGAAGACAAAUACCAAACGCCUUCUCUGUUCUCGCCGACUUGUAGACUCUGCAGGUUUAAGCCUCAUGAAGAACCACUCUCUGCUGAUAUCUAAUGAGAAGAAGAAGACUGAUGGAAACUUCCAUUAUGUUAAAAUAAAUUUAUUAAAAUUUUGUAUUUGUAAUUGUUUUAUAUUCAUAAAAAGUAAUGUAAUAAGAGCCAAAAAAAUAAUGUUUGGCCCGUUUGUGAUGUUUUUGAGGGUUUAAGAAAUGUAAGACGUUUCUUGCGCCAGAAUCAAACCCUUGAUUUCUGUUUUUCCUUGUUGCUUUGUUGUGUUUUGAAUACGAAUGAAUACGUUUAUAUAAUAAGUUUUCUGUGUAAGUUAAUAUAUUUUAGUUUUUUGUUUGGUGUAAUAUUAUAUAUCUGUGUUUGACACAUUGUUUUCCUUGUGUUUUGAAAACAACGUAAGUCCGGUUAAAAUCGGAGUCCCCAUGCCCAUGAUGGGUGGAGAAGACAUAUUAUCUGCUUUUAUGUACCAAAUUGUGUUUAAACUAUGCCUCUAAUUGUUGUGUGUUUACCAUUUGCUUAUUUGAACGAUUAUCGUGCUUGCAGAAUAAUAGGGUUUUCUUAUGUUUUUUCGUUCGGAUUCAUUGUUUCUUAGCCGCAAGAAACAUGUACCGCCAUUAAAAUUUCUACUUUGAAAAUGAAAGAAAUAGAAAUGGCAAUUCAAGCAGUCUAAAACUUUUUUUGGUUGCAUCGUAAGAGUCUAGAACUACAAAUAUAAAUAAUUGAAUCGUGGUUGAAAUUUUAUACAUGAAAUUAUUUAAUAUAUUAAUGAAACAGAUGAGAGAUGCCAAUUAAAAUCCAAUUUGAUAAAUGCAUAAACAUCGUUAGUAGGAUGACAACGCUGUUUUAAGAGAGUUUUAGUUAUGCUCCACUUACCCUCACAAAACAUUUUCGGACCUACCUUCACAAAUUACAAACUUAUAUACAUUUACAUUAUUUUUUAUUCGAGUUCAUUUAUGGUCACAGAAAAGUGAAAAUAUGUUCCAACAAUUUAUUGAUUUGAGCGUGGAAUGUCUAGAAAAAAAAUACUGGAUCGGUUAUAGAAUGGUCUGAAGCUUUUUGUAUGAAUUAAGUGAAAUCAUGUAAACUGAAUGUGAUACACUGUCAACAUUACUACAAAUCAAAUAAAUAAAAGCUUAAGUAAUAAAUUUGAAAUAUGCUUAAAAUUGAAGAGAGCCCACCACAAAUCAAUUGAUAUGUUUGCUUUUUCUUAAUUUUCAAGCAAAGUUGCAAGUUGCUCCUUCCAUUAUCAUAUACCACACCCUCCAUUAUUCCUCCCACCUUUUCAUACAGAGGUUUUGAUAAUUACAAACAAUGUAAUGAUUUCCAUUUUGUCUAUGCAGACACACAUAAAUACACGGUCUGUGUAAAUACUAGAUACAUUCAUUAUCACCACCGUAAUAACUAAUACUAUUGUUGUUUUGUACUCUCUAAUAUAAUCUUUUGUUUUUAACUAGAAGAACUAAUAUCUAAAACCAAUGCAUAUGAUAUGCUUUUGAUUAAUAAGUUAAUGCAUUGUCUAUGCAGAAACACAUAGAUCUGAUUUUUUUUUG